AUGCGCCCCCAACUCAACUACUCUAUGAGUUUUGUUCUUCUGCAGGUUGGUGCCAUUUUAGUCUGCUUUUCGGUGGUGUGCUCGAAACGGACACAGAUGAGCCGCUCAGCCUCCACCACGCGCAACUAUUGCCGGGAAAUUCGGGCAAAGGCCGACGGCAUUCAUGGCAAUAAAGUGAGCGAAACAAGGCUCCGACCGGGCGCUGUGCAUGACGCCAAGGUCCGUUCAACCAUCCGGCUGAUCCGUCGCCUUCCCAGCCCUCCUUGCAGCUCAAAGUCUUGGAUGUCUUUCACUAAUCCCAAGAAACACAACCUCUUUGACACCUCAAGCGGCCAGCGGACUCUCGCCCACCAAUCUUUCCUCAGCCGACUACCCCUGUACCCUUCUCGUCUUGUGAUUGGCACCGCUCACCUGCAGUCCUUGCCAUCACACACCUUCGUCCAAGGCACGCCAACAGGGGGCUCUGCGCUACGACGUUCUCAAUUGAAACUACAUCAUCGGGCAUCACGCUUGAUCCGUCUUCAGCAGAUCCUCUCGAAGAUUGAACCCUCCCGAAUCCAAAACUCAAACACUCCACUUCUCUACAUUCGCUCACCAAACUUCAACAUCAACUUUGACAUAAUGUUCUCCUGUGUCAACUACGAGCGCGGUUGCCGAGGCCGAUGCAACACCCAAAACGGCCGAUGCGACAGUUGCAUUACCCUCAAUCUUCAGGGCAUCCGCACAAACAGCUCUUCCUCCUUCUCAUCCGUCAAUGGAGCAACCUAUUCAGCGAUGACAUCUUCGUUCGCCUCGCUCUCGCAACUCGCUGCUGCCUCUGGCAAGGAGCCACGAUACGAUACGAAAGGAUAUGAUUCACGCUCGGAUUUUAGCGACGGUGUUGGGUAUUUCGAUUCAGCUUCCAUUGUCCACCAACUUCUUCAGAUCGAUAGACAGAUCCAUGGCAGCAUUCGGAGGACAUUCUACAGCAUUUACACAGGAUGGGCGUUAGGAAUGGUGGACGGCGUCAUGGUUAUUGAACCCACAUUCUUCUGUCAAGUUUCAAUUAAUACGCAUGAGCAAUAUAGAACUGCUUUCCCCUCCACAUGGGGAAAACAGGCUUUCCUCUCUUUUCAUCAAAUCAAACCUCGCGCAAAUGCGAAUAUUCCACAUGUCCUCUAUCCAGCAGACUUUGCGUUCUGCACUUGUCAUACUGAUGACCAAUGUUACACGGUCAACGUGAAACGGACAAGAAGCCCAUGCUCACCCCUCGCCAUUUCCCUUGGCUCCACACCCCAAGCGCUAGGUUGUCAUCAUACGAAAGGCGCAUUGAUUUAUCCAUCGAGAUACCUCAACGAUGCGUUCUUCUACACUCCUGCGAACCAUCCCUAUGCCUCUCUUCUUCACGUCAGGCAUCAUCGGAUUCGCAAAAUCCCUUCCCAACCGCGCUUUUUCUCGGGCCUUGCCGCGACUGACCAGACCAGAAAGACCAAAUCGAUCGACCUUUUAGCUGGCGAUCGACCGAAACGAAUGGAUGAAGCGACAGGGGUUAUUGCAACGUUGGCGCCCGCUGCACGUCUGUAUCGUGAAGCGGGGCGAGGUGGUGGGCAGCUUUCAAAGGUGGCCUUGCAUGAGGAGACACGAAUGCAAUGGGCCUCAUUUUUAAGUGGUGUUACACGGCCCAGCGCUCUGUCCAGCAUCAACACAUGCAGGCUGUCUCCAAGUAGGCAGGUCCGCUAUCCAUUUGUGUCGGAUACAGCUACUCUACAAGAGGAAAAAUUAAUGAAACGUGCGUUCCAGAAGAGGCGGAUUCUUUCGUCCAAAUUCAGGUUUUCGCUGGUAAUCAUUCCGAUGCAGUUGGACGAAAUCACUAUUUCAAACAUUUCAGCCCCCUUGGGAUAUCAAUUUUCGGAUAGACUCUCCCAAACCCAUCUUGCAGCUUCACGGCUAUUUCCAUCGUUGUGGGAGUGUGUAGUGACACCGCAAUCCACAUUUGCACCUUCUGGCCGAAGGCCUGCAGCUCCUGCACUGCAGCCGCACGAAAUAGGUGCAGUUUACGUCGUGAAGAUAAAUGACGUCAUUUCUAUCCGAGUGCGUGAAGCUAUUCGGCCUGUUCCGAAAGGUAUUCGUACCAGCCAUACGACAUCUUUGCAAACCGUAGUCACUUUUGAUCACCGCGAAUAUGGGCGCCAUCUACAGAGGUCUAAGAGAUGUGAUCUGAGAGCGUAUAGCCGAAUGAACGGCUCCAUUAGCGUGGGAAUUAUCGCGAAAUUUGUGGUGCAGCUAGGAGGAUGUGUUUGUUCGAAUGAAAGACUUCAAAGAGUGACGAAUAACAACAAAUUAAGAUCACAUAUCUCCAGCACCGCUUACACUUCCCGAAAUAUUAGACGACGCGAAACGGAGGUGGCAUCCAACUUUCGAGUGUCAAAGCUGUCGACUUCCCAGACGAAGGUCAAAGGUGGCAUGAAAGACAGUAGCGGCAUCGGGUUUGGUGCUACCUUGCUGCUCCCAUCCCUCUUCGAGUGCUCGGAGGUUUUACUAGUGAGUCCACUAUCACAAGAAGUCCUAUCAUUCUACCUUCGAGCCAUGUCCUACUACCGUUGGAUCUCCUCUCUAUAUUUAGCGUUCCUUUAUCAAGGCAUGUUACCCAUUUCGAGGUCCGAAACACGUCGUCUCCGUCCGAUACUUUCCAUCAACUACCAGAUUUUCUUCUGCCAAAUCCGUAUAAAUGGCCUCCCAAUUGCCCCAUUCGUUCUAUUCGGACCACCGAAAGGUGCGCCAGGUAGCGGUGAGCAAGUUUCUCAAGGCAGACUGUGCCGCUCUCCAAGAGAAGAGAAGACAUUUAUUGAUGAGAAAAUGAUUGAGCUCUCAAGCAAAGUGUAUGGCGCAGGAUGGCAGACCAAAACUGCUAUCCGACGACAGAAUAUUGAACGUGGUUUGGAAUUUCAGAGGGCUAUGGAAAACCUUCCCAAAUUAACUUUGUCGAAUGACAGGAAAGAGAAGAUGAAGACACAGAUCACCCAUUUGCAUUUCAAAAUUCGAGCACCCAGCCUUGCAGUCUUGAUGGAGUAUUCUCUCUUUCCUGAGAACCAACGUCCUUCCAUCGGAAAUGAGCAAACAAGCUGCAAUAGUCCCUGGCGGCUUCCAAGCAAUAAAGCUCCGUUUCAUAUGACACUCAGCCCAUUAUCAUUUCAACAACGUUCUAUUAUCCACUCCACAAUGGGCAAAAGACUUUCUUUCGGCAUUAUCGACUACAUUACACGACGCGAUUCUGGUCGUACCUCCUGA